CGAGUGGACAAAACCAAGCUAGUGUGCAGCCAUUGUAAGCAGAAAGGCCACGAGAUAGGAAGCUGCUUCAAACUCCACGGCUAUCCCGAAUGGUGGGCGGAAAGAAACCGGGGCAACAAGGGGCAGUCCUCUGGACGUGGUGCACAAGCUGGGAAGAAACAGGCACAUGCUCAUGCAGUAAUGGACGAAGGUCCGAGAGGAGGAAUUGAAAGUUCUGUGGGGCAGUUUAAACCGGAGCAAGUGCAGGCACUUCUCAAUUUAAUUAAUAAUUCUGAUGAAAAAAUUGUUGACCGUAUGACUGGACCGACUCUCGGGGAACCUGAUUGGAGCCGGUGAGAGAAGGGACGGACUCUACUACUACCGGAGUAUUCCUACCAUUCAAUUGCUGACAGGUUCAACGGUUGAAGAUUUUGACUUGUGGCAUCGCCGCAUGGGACAUCCCUCCGAUAGAGUUCUCAAGUUAGUGCCAG